GACGAUAGAGCGGAUGUCGCUCGUGGGCGCGAUGCAGACAAGAUCGAUCAAAGCUAUUGGCUAUCGGUCAACUUCAUCGGCACGCUCUUUGCCACAGGAAUGGCAUUCAUGGGAGGCAUAGGAGGCUUUGGUUUGAUUGCCCCGAUUCUGCAAGACAUCAACGCUGAGAUUGGUCCUUCACCAAACAUCAACUGGGUGUCGCUCGCGAAUAUCACCUGUGGUGCUGUCUUCUUCCUGCUAGUUGGUUCUUUGUCGGAUAUCCUGGGACGAAGAUGGUUCUUCGUCUUUGGAUCUGGGCUGGCAUUGAUUGGCAGCAUUGUUGGCGCGACUGCUAACAGCGUCAACACGCUCAUCGCGUCGCAGGUGUUGAUUGGUAUUGCUGUGGCGUUUCAGCAGUCCUUCUUCUGGGUAGUCGCAGAGAUUGUGCCAAUGAAGUUCAGAUAUCUUGCCAAUUCGUACUGUUACGCCAUGACCACGCCAACAAGUCCACUCGCCGCUCGAGUGGCCUACUCUCUUCAGACUUACCCUGGCGGCUGGCGCAACUGCUAUUACCUCUUGAUCGCUAUUAACGCGACAAGCAUGAUUGCUUGGUAUAUUUUCUAUCACCCACCGACCUUCAGCAUGCUGCAUCGAAAGAGGCUGGCGAGAGAUCUCCUUCUACACUUCGAUUGGAUCGGUCUCCUGCUGUUCAGCGGCGGACUCUGCAUCUUCAUCUUCGGAUUGAACUGGGGAGGUGUUCUAUACCCCUGGAGCUCUGCUCAUGUGAUCGCAACAAUGGUCAUUGGAGCCAUCACCCUCGCAGUCAUCCUGCCGGCGUACGAGAUCUUCAUUCACAAACGUGGAAAGCAACCAUAUCUGCCGAUCCAUCUAUUCAAAAACAUCAGAUUCAUGUCUGCGGCAGUCAACAACGGACUAGCCGCGGGUGUCUAUUACGGCUUCUCGCUCGUGUUCCCACAGGUCGUAACAGUCAUCUAUUACGGUCGAGGUGAAAUCAGCAUGUAUGAUGUCGGUACCCAGGCCGGCCUUGCUCCCAUGGGUUUCGUCUUUGCUCAGGUAAGCAUCGGCCUCUUCGUUCUUGUUCGAAUUAGACCCAAAUGGGGAAUGGUAGGCUCCGCUGUGGUCGGCUGCGCUUUCCUCACUUCUGUGGCUUCCAACAUCGACAAUCGCGCCCAAACGGAAGGACUCUUGGUCGUCGGCGCUUUCGCGAUGGGUCUGGUCGAAGCUCUCGCAACAACCACUGCUACUUUCUCACUCCGCUCGCAAGAAGAGAUUGGCCAAGGUGGUGGAUUGACGGGAAGUAUGAGAAAUUUCGUCUCGGCCAUCGCGACAGCAGUGUAUACUGCGACCUUGAACAAUCGAUUGACUGUGACGACCAAGCAAUAUGUUGCUCCCGUCGCGACAAACAUGGGACUGUCACAGAGUGCCCUGCCUGCUCUGAUCGAUGCGCUUGGAAACAAGGGCCAGUACUCCGCCGUGCCAGGAAUCACGCCCGCUAUUCGAGCUGCAGUCCAAGAACCAUAUCGAGAGGCGUUCAGAGACGCGGCGAAGACGGUGUUCCUUGUUUCCCUGGCUUUCUCUGGAUCUGCUCUCAUUCUCGCAUUCUUCACUACCAAUAACGACAAGUCCACUGCCAAUUACGUGGCAGGAGCCGUGCAUAGCGGCAAGGAGGAGAAGCAGUACAAUGCCGAGUUUAAGGAGCACAGGAGGGCGAGCAAUGUUGGCCAGGAGGCAGAGGCUGCUGCAUAA